UGGGUAAUUCUUUACUUGGAACUGUGUUCAGUAGCUGAUGCCUUCGUAAGUGAGCACAAGCGAAAAAGGCUUUGAGUAAUUGCUUAACGUCAUCAAACUUUAUAAUAUCCUUUUGCAAGCAGCAAUCUGAACACAUAUUUUGCCGUGUGUACUUACGAGCAACUUACGAGCGCACGGUCUUACGAGCACCUUACGAGUAGUAGUUGUACUCGUUGUACCACGUUGUACUGUGAAUUUUGGACCAUUAGACAUUGGGACAAAAGCAAAAUCCAACGGCCUUGCAACGGCCAACACAAACAGACAGUGGGCGAUGUCGCAGAGCCCGUGCGUGGUGUGCGGCGGCGCCGUGGCCGUCGGCUCUGGCCUGGAGCGCGCCGACCUGUUUGACGUGCGGCUGCUGGGCGGUCAUCUGGCGGCGGCGGUCGUGCACCAUGAGCGUCCGCUGCGCCCCGGCGACCAGAACCGGCUCUGUUCCAACUGCGCCGCGCUGCUGGCGCGCCGCGAGCGGCUGCUCAACGCCACCCUGCUGUCGGCCGCCGAGACGGAGCUGGACCAGUGGGCGGCGCGCGUGCUGCCCGCGCCCCCGCCGGCCGCCGACAGUCGGCCCGCGGGCGCCGCCAGCUCCGACCCCCGCAACGGCACCACCACCGCGGCGCGGCAUGUAACCAUCGGCAUGUCGGAGCAAGUGAGGAGGACGGGGGAGGCGGCGCAGACACCGGGACCGGGCCCGACUCGGCGUCAGUACCGGCGCCGCGGCUGGAACUGCCGCAUCUGCUGCGCCGGGUGCCAGGACCAAAACCGUGUCAUGGACGCCUACCACAACGUGAGGCAGCAGCUGGAUGAUGCGUUCGCUAGUCGUCCUUCAUCGGCCAGCAGCCCACAGACCAGCAAGAUUCACUCUCGGAUGCCUGACAGUCUUAGUAACUGUUCACGUCGAACUAGCUACAAGACACUGCAUUGCCAGUGCACGCCGCGUGGCUUACAUGGCACUAUUUUCGGCACACUAUCGUUUCCGAAGUGUCCUGUUUGCAUUCCCCAUGUUCACAAAUUUGACCGGAAGAGGUGCCGGACGGGCCGUGCUACCGCCCAGCAAAAGCCAAAGAAGGACUCGUCUCGGCCGCAGCCAAGUAUCAGGCGAGCUGCUGGCGACGUCACAAAUGUAAAUAAGGCUGUAGACGUUGAUCAAUUUAGGACUCACCAUGCAAGGAUCGUCACAGCACCGAAGGGUAACGAUAGCUCUGUUCCGCGCGCAGUGGCCACCACUCUCUACCGCUGCGGAAUUUGUAGCAUCACAGUGGUUGACUUGCACUUUCUGAUCGAGCACAUGAAAGUGCAUAACCCCCAAAGCGUGUCAAAAAACAAGCUUGUCAAAAUACAAGCGUGCCCAGAUGGGCCGCAAGCGGCUGUUGGUAGUCGUGGUGCAGACAAGCCAGAUUCGCCGAUGCCAGCGGCACCGACAUCUCGUGAUCGGCAAGUGCUGCCAGUACAGAGAACGGCAACAGCUUCGCUGCUGUCGUCCUCGUCGGCACUCGCAGAGGCCACAGGAAACCACAGCGGGGCUCCGCGUCCAGUCGCCUUCGCGUGUUCUAUGUGCCCGCGGGUAUUGAAAACCAAAAACCACCUCCGUCAGCACGUCAUGAAGUCACACUCGGGCUCGGGCUCACGAUCGAGUGCGAUGUACUCGCGGGAAGCGCAUCGGGAGGGCCCCGGCGGCGAAACCACGCCGGUCUCGCCGUGGCGGUGCAGUGCUGAACUGGUGGAAAGCAAUGUCGGCGCAGUCGCCCGGGAGGGGAUCUGCCCGCAGUGCGGCAUUGACGUGGCGUCUAAGGAGCUGCUACUGCAGCACAUACUCCAACAGUGUCGCGCCGAGAGCGGCCCCUACUGCUGCCACCUCUGUCCGCGCUCCUUUGGCACAGCGGACCGCCUGAUGGAGCACAGCGGGCAGCACGACCCGGCCACGGACUGGCAGUGCAGCCGGUGUCCGGCUCGGAUCGUCGGACCGAGGAGCGCUCUGACGGCGCAUCUGAUUCAGGCGCACUCGUUGAUGGAAAGCGCCUGACGCUGAGCUUAUGGCCAACUGUGCUCUCCAUGCUGCCACAAUUGGUUGUCGGGGCUUCAUGUGUCUCCGCCUGCCGUCGUUCGGUCUUUCAAAGCUGUUGCUUAGGAGUGAAAGUGACAUUGAUUCCUUGAUUGAUCACGUGCCUUAGAGAGACGCUUAAGAGUGACCUAAAUAUAAGGAACGUUUUGCGAUUCAGUGUGAGGCGAACUUCAAAGCGUUAUUCGUGUAAGAAGUUCUAGCUAGUAGCUUGUCUUGUAUGCAUUUAACAACGGAUUGUAUGACGCACAGUUGAUUUUAAAUGUACCAUUGAACACCGAUUAGCAUAUCAUGUAUUGUGUAACGAUUCCAACCAAUCACGUCCGGUGGGCCCUGCCUUUGAUUAGCUGUGAAAGCAUCGAACUGAACCGUUAUUACCUUAAUGCACACUGUGAAAGCAAAUACAUUGUGUUUGGUCA